CCCCUCUCUCUCUCGGCGCUGCACAAAGCUUUUUGUUCCGACGAGGCUCAGAGCGCACGGAUCACUUCCCCGCGGGGAGACGCGUGGCCCCCUGCAGCCAGGACGCACCUCCGGGCAGCAUCUGUUCGUGAUGUCGAUGCUGAGACAUAAACCAACCUGGAACUAAAACGAGAGAACCACAUCACACAAAACAUGGUGGAUGCAAGAUUAACGCCCCUGGCAGCGAUGGGGCUAGAACGAGGCACACUAAUGCACGACAGUCUUCGGCUUCACAGUGGAGUUGUUUACCCAGGAAUCCGAACAAUGCCAACUGAGAAGAACCGUGAGGUGCCAGCCCUCCCCCUCAGUUACAGCCGGGACGGUCUUCCAGAGUUAAUUUAUAAGCCUGAUGGCUCUCUGGACAGUCGGAAGCCAACUAAUGGAUACCUAGGCCUCUAUAAAGGAACCCCACCGGGUCUUCACAAACCUGUGCUGGUUUCUCCAGCUACAGCGGAUGGUCUUGCCAUGGAACGUAGAGGAGUAGGGCCUGGAGAAAAAGCAUCUGAACUUGGCUUGGCCGGUGCAGGAGGCAGCUACCUUCGUCUGCCGUGGCUCAGUCCUUACCCAGAAGCAAGCAUGUAUCCUUUCAUGGACUCAUCCAAGUAUGCAGCUCUGAACAUGUAUAAGGCAUCUUUGCUCAGUCAACCCAACCCCUCUCCCCAACACCUGGGCUACCCUUCUCUGUGCGCAACCCAGGGAGAUGUGACCCCUGCUGCAGCUGCCUCUGCUGCCGAGAGGCUUUACUAUAUGUCUCCUUACUCUCCCUCUCACAUUUCUUCUCCCUUGGUGGCACCACCUAUGAGGAUUCCUGCUGUCACAGUAGCCCCCACAUCGCUGGUACACUGCCAAGAAAAAGGACUUGGUGUUGGACCUGCUUUUGGACAGCAGCUUCACCAACUUUCACCUCAUCAACAGCACCAUCAGACUGCUGCUGAAAGGGACCGGCCCCCCAGCAGGAGCAAUCGACCAAGUCGACCUCCUUCCAGGAAGAGCUCCAACAACAAUGCCAACAGUAGCACAAGUGUAAGUGGUACUAAUUGUGGAAAUAAUAAUAGUAUGCCUGCUGAUACGUCUCCUCAUGCAUCUUCUUGCCUUCCCCAAACCUCUGCUCCUCCUGCACUCAUUGACAAUUCUCUGGAUUUACAAAGACCAGUCCCUAGGAUAGUGCAGCCACCCACCACUUCCACUUCUUCAAUAGCUGCUUCAUCCUCUAAUACACAGUCCAUUCCUCAUCCAUUCUCUGUAAGUAGUAUGGCAUCAGAGCAGCGUUCUCCUUCCCGGCCAAGCCCUCACAAACCCAAGACAAGAGACGUGGCCCCUGAGCACAGAGGUGUUGUGGGUGAGAGGAGACCCAGUCGGCCACCCUCUAAACCUAACUUUGAUCGGUCAGGUCAACAGCUGCCAGUAACCAAAGACUCAUCGGAGAAGCCAUUGGAUUUGUCUGGAAGAAUGCUGGAGUUUGGACUGCCUCCUAAUGGAUUCCCAGUUAAGAUAGAUUCAAUGGCACCAGGAGCACGUUAUGGAAUGCCUCCUAGUCGUGAGCUCUUAAAGGAAACACUGACACUAUCUCCUUCCUCUAUCCCUGCCUCUGUGGUCAGCAGCACUUCCUCAAAGGUCUCCGAGAGGCCAGAAAUGAUCAGCACUUUACAUUCUUCCUGGAUAGUACCUACCCCCUCUACUUCCCAUACACAGCAAACACCAGGCUUACCCCCGUCUCCACGGCCUAACACUGACCUGGGACUUUCCCAGGCAAAUAGUUCCUCACCCUCUGUCAUCAAACACAAGAGUCUGGAGCGAGUCCUCCCUCAGCAACGUAGUGCAUCUUGUCCUAGAAACGAGGAGCCCAACCAUAGUGUUUCUUCAGUUCAACACUCUGGCUCCUCUCUGGUCACCUCCAGGACCAUGUCUCCAAAACCCAAUGGCGAGUGGGUGAAACACAGCCCCAGCCAAGCAGAGCAUUCACCUGUUAUGAGCCACCACAGAGAUGGAACAGAAAAGUCCUCCCAGACCACUAAGAGAGGUGAAACGCCAGAGAUGUCCUCAUAUAAAAGAUCGUGCUUAGAGAAUGGUCACCCUCCCAGCCGUCUUUUCCUUCCCCAGAGUGAUGCUUACCUAAACCACAGCUUGGCCUAUGCCAACAGAUACCUGCACUACUCCAUUCCUGAUGGCAUGGCUCUGCACUCCCUGCCACUUGCAGGGAAAGGCCCAGUCUACCCACAUCCAGUAUUGCUGGGCAGUAAUAGCCUUUAUCCAGCGCACCUGGCAGCAAAACACCCGUUACCCUACCACAACCUCCCUGCUGGAACAGCGGGGGAAUACCUUUAUAACGCACAAGAGAUGGCCCAUCCCUUGAUGCAGCCUCACACAGACAUGAAGCCAGCAGAAAGGGGUGAUACAACUUUGAAGCCUCGAGGUCAAGAGAAACCCCGCAGUACUGCUGAAGAAUGUGGAAGCCACAGAGUUGGCACCAUUGGGAAAGAGGUGGCAGAAGGAAACCAGAUGAAGUCCAGUAGGGAAGUAGGGGCACAGGGACAGAGUGGCAGUCAGAGUAAAAUCCCUCUUUCAUCUGGAGCAUCUAGAGAAAAUAUAGUCUGCAUUGACCUUGUGCAGUCAGACACAGAUAUGGAGUCCACGCCACCCGUCCUCAAGCAGCAUUCUGCUUUCCCCAGCACUAAUGGUAACCAAAGUGAAUGUUGUCAUAAUAACCAAAAUCAGACAAAGACUGAGUGUCAACCAAAACACCUCCUUUCUCUUUCUUAUCCCAUCCACCCUGGACAAAGUGCCACCGUGAAGCCCAGUCACACUGACAGACCAUUAGACAAUACAGUUGGUAAACAGAGAGUCACUCCUGACAUUGACUGUCUUGUAACGACUCCUAGCCCAUCUCCAAACUGUCCGGGGCAGGUCGCACAAGCAGACGAGACCCCAGAAGAACAGAGCCCUGCCACAGACCCUGAAGACCAGAGCACCUUGCGUUGCGCCCGCACAUCUGGGGAGCGUAGUUCUGGAAAAGACAAAAGUGACCGAGAUGGCCAAGGUCAUCAUUUCUCUCAGCAGUUCAUAGAUGUGGUAAAGGAUGCAAACCAGGAGAAGGUGCAGGAGAAUGAGACUGAAAAGGAGGACAGUGUUGUUGACUUAGGGGAGUCUCAAGGAGAAGGGGAGGAGGACGAAGAGGAGGGCAGCCAGACUUUGUCUAAAAGCUCUCGCCGAUCGAGUCUAGCCAAGAGGAUUGCAAACUCCUCAGGCUAUGUUGGUGACCGCUUUAAAUGUGUUACCACCGAGCUUUAUGCUGACUCCAGCAAGCUGAGCCGUGAGCAGCGAGCUCUACAAAUGGAAGUCAUAUCAAGAGAGGGGAGUAAGAUAAGUCAACCUGCAGCUAACUGGGAGCGGGCAAUGAUGCGGUUCUCGGAGCUGGAGCUAAAGGAAAAGGAGGGCGGCGGUGCGUGCAUGUCUGCCUCGGCAGCAGGACGGGAGCUGGCAGACAGCCAACGUAGAGAGCGCGCUCUGGAACACUGCCAGCACAGCGCCAAGGAGGGUGUCCGAACAGCUUUUGGUAACAACAGAGUUCCAGUCCUGCAGCGGUGUGGGGGCCAGAGGGAGCCACUGUCCUCUGGACACGAGGCCCAAGACGGGUGCCGAGGCACGGGUCAGGUGGGGCUAAAGGACAGAGUCAGGAAGGUGGUUCGAGAGCCUGAAGGAGAUUACUGUGCGCCUCCGACCUUGACGCCAGCUCAAGGGCAUCUAGAGGACAAGUUCAGCCACGGGUUAGGAUCCGCCAGGAAGCGCCCGCUCGGCCCCGAUGCUGAUUACGAGGAUGCGGAGCGGGAGGAAGCGGACCGGAUGUCCCACCCAGACAAGAGAGCCAAGAUGUCCACUGAUGUGGGUGAGCACACCUGCCUGGAGGAUGAUGACGAUGACGAGGUCAGGAAGCUCAAGGUCUGCAUCGAGCUGAAGGGACUGCGGCUCAGCAAGCCCGCUGCCGGCGCGGCUUCACCUGACACGCCUCAAAUCAAACAGGAGAGGGCGUGGCCCCUGCCCAGAUUGACAGCUGCGACGCCGAUCCCCCGGGAGCAUAAAGUCAGGGUCGGGGAGCUGGAGGAUCGAGUCGCCGCACAGAGGGCCGAGAUCAACAGAAAGUGGGGCUGUGAGAAGCUUCUUAAUGGACUGCCGGCGUCUCCCCUUCCCCUUGGCCAGCUGAAGGACAGAGUCUACCCAUCGGGCCCCUUCUCAGGUGACCGUGGCUUCAGGGAGUCCAAGAGGGGCCCCUGCUCUCCGGCCCCGGAGCUGUCGGCAGGAGACACCCCACCCCUCAAGCUCCGUCGCCAUAGUGACACGGACAAACCCAAGGGCAAGCGGCCGUGCAAGACCAAACACACCAGCCAGAGGGAGCGGGAGCGUGACAGGGAGAAGAGGAAAGAUGUCGUUCCAAACAGCCCCGGCCAGCGGUGCGAGGCUGACCUGGGAUCAGCUGAAGAUGACAAGCUGAGUGAGCAGCGCAGCGCUCCGAGGAAAAGAGCCGCCUCUCCUAAUCAUUAUCCCUGCUCUCCAGUCAAGCCCUGCUCCCCCGCCGCUCUCUGUCCGCCCUCCCUCCAGCCCCAGGGGAAAGGCAGAGCGGGCAGCGUCCCACCAGAGGCGGCGGGGAUGCUCAAGCCCACCGCUGCUGAGCCCCCCGUGGUGCGACCCAUCCCGCCGGAAGCUCGUCGGUUGAUCGUGAACAAGAACGCCGGGGAGACGCUGCUCCAGAGAGCCGCCCGGCUCGGCUACGAGGAGGUGGUGCUGUACUGUCUGGAGAACAGAGUGUGCGAGGUGAAUCACAGGGACUACGCCGGUUACUGCGCUCUGCACGAGGCCUGCGCCCGAGGCUGGCUCAGCAUAGUUCAACACCUGCUGGAUUACGGAGCUGACAUCAACUGCAGCGCGCAGGACGGCACCAGGCCGAUCCAUGACGCAGUGGAGAACGAUCACCUGGACGUGGUGAGAGUCCUGCUGUCCUAUGGUGCUGACCCCACCCUGGCCACGUAUUCUGGCCGCAGCCUACUUAAGAUGACUCGCAGCGACAGCAUGGAGCGCUUCCUCACUGAUUACUUCGCUGACCUUCAGGGCCGCUCCGACGACGAUCCGGGACUUUAUUGGGAAUUCUACGGCAGCUCCGUGUGCGAAUCCAGUGAAGAGGGCGGAGCCUAUGACAUCCUGGCGGACCCACCAGGCCCAGAUCAAGAGGACGACGAAGACAAAAGGGAGGUCUUUGAGUUUGAGUUCUCUGACCGACCUCUGCUGCCGUGUUACAACAUCCAGGUGUCCCUGUCCCAGGGGCCCAGAAACUGGCUCCUCCUGUCCGAUGUCCUUUGCCGGCUGCGGAUGUCUGCACGCGGCUUCCGACAAGCUUUCCCCCACAUGGAGGUGGUGACGGUGGCGGAGGCGGAGUUUUACCGGCAAGCCUCCCUGUCGCAGCUCUUCUCCUGCCCUGAGGAGCUGGAGGGAUUCCAUCCGGACAGCAAGGAGCUGCUGGAUCUGGUGGAAGACAGCGCCGAGCUGGCCUCCCUGCUGGGCUCCACCCUGGAGUGUCUGGACGACCGCUGGGACCAGCCCGCGGACAAGAUGAAGGACAAAAUAAAGGCGGUCAGCAAGCUGGGCUCAUCCUGACCCUCGGCCCCUUUGAACUCUGACCCUCAGCGAGCAGUCAGGGGUCCUGACGACACGCCUUCGCCUUAGAGUCGCCGGCUCGGGCCCCGACCCGGACCAGCACCAGAGCACUGUACAGAUGAGCUGCUGGCUGGAGGGGCUGCCGGAAUGUUUCACUGAAGAUUAAUAAAUUUGUGACUUGAGACUCUUAAUAAUGGUCUUAUUUUUAUAGAUUAAUAUAUGUAUAAAUACUAAAUUCUAUAUAUAGAGAGAAAUAUUAUAGAGAGGGUUUUCCUUUUGGGAUGUUGCUCAGGCCUCCUGAAAGAUUUUGUAACUGAAGGAGAAGUGGAGCUUUGACUGACGGAGCGUGCGCUGCACAUCGUGCAUGUGUGUCGCUGUACAGAACCGUACCAACACUGCGCUAUUCAAUGUGGUAUUUGUGUUAUAGGAAGCACAUCACGUCCUGGGCUUGUUUUUAAUUUUUUUAAACUCCUCAGACUUGAGCACUCGCUCAAGUCUCAGGUGUUAAAAAAAAGUUUUUUGUUUAAAUUAGCUUCUGAUGGAGUCUGUAAUUUAACAACAACAAAAAAGAGCUACAAAACUGUUUGUAUAAUAACGUUUGAAGAUAAUGUUGAUAUCCAACUUUUGGCACAGUGCUUGUAUAUAAACGGGAGGCUGCUGUGGUUAAGUAAUUUUUGGUGUUCAUUUUUGUUUUAACUUUGUAAUUAAAA